UCGAGGAGGACGCAGGCCCGUUGCUGGCCUCCGGUCGAGCACAACAAAACCAAUGGCCAUGGUUGCUGUCUCGCGGCACUGGGGGCAGGCGUGAAGCCUACUUGGAUCGUCGAGUUCACCGUUCACCGUCCACCGUCCACUGCAGGUUUCUGCGCGAUGCUGGCCGAGUCGCAACCUUCUGAUGGACUAUCCCAUCGGUCAUUAGUGAACACUGCGGCUGAUCAUGCCUGCGAGGCUCCUCUUGCCGGCGGCCACCUGGCCAGGGAGAACAAUCUUGCUGCUGGCUGCCGCCCACUGGUAGCAUCCGGGAAAUCCGCUUUCCGGCAGAAUGACAUAAGCUCAAUAAUGUUUCUGAUAUUGCGGAAACAGGUGGUAAGCAGCAUGUCGCUUUCUGACCACAGAAAACCACUGGAUGUCACCCUUUCGAAGUCGGUUUACCCAGCGAGGCGCCCUCAGUUGCAUGCAUGCGACGUGCGGAACAGGUCGCACACAAUUAAUACCCCAGACUGGCCGUCAUACAGACGCUGCUGUAAGACGAGACGAUGCAGGUUCGGGUCGCACAAAGUCAAACGACCGUUGAAUAGCAACGCGACUUCUCGAGCAGCACCCUCAGUAGCCCCCAUAGCACAGCAUCCAAAGCGUGUUCGACCGCAGUGUUUCGUCCCAGAACUCCCUCCCGACGACGUGCCCAAAGGAUUUUCGGUGCGUCACUAGGCGCUUGCCUCCCAUGCUGCAGCGUAACCCUCCCUUGCUCCGCGUCCUGUAAACCCCGACAAUCGAUGAGAUUCGAUCACGGGUGGCCAGGCUAUGCAGCUUAGAAAGUUGCUAC